AUGAGUUCAUCAUUCACUUGCAAUACCUGUGGGCUUGCGUUUCCUACCAGUGGGGGGCAAAAAGAGCAUAUGAGAUCAGAUUGGCAUAGAUAUAAUUUGAAAAGACGGGUCGCUCAAUUACCUUCUAUCAGCAUGGAUACCUUCAAUGAGAAAGUUAGCAAGAUGACAAUAGCCGAGGAAGAAGUUGAUCCAAAUAUAUCCAAGAGAGAAUUGAGAAAGCAAAAGAAAGAAGAGAUCAUGAGACAAAGAAUGGAGCUUUUGCAGAAGGCCCGCAUGGCGAUGAUGCAGAAAGAGGAAGAGAAUAAUAAUACUGAAGAGAAGCCUGAAAUGGAAGAAAAUGAUAAAGAGGAACACAAAGAAGACGAACUUGAAGAACAGGAAGAUGAAGAUGAAACCGAAGAAGCUGCCACUGAUGCUUUGCUUCAAAAGAAAUUGAAGUCUCAAAUAAAGAUUGCUCCAAAUACCUGUCUUUUCUGCAAAAACCACGAGUCAAAAGAUAUCCCAACCAACCUUGAGCAUAUGUUCAUGACCCACGGUCUUUAUGUGCCUGAAAAAAAAUACCUUACCAAUGCUGCUGGUUUACUCGAAUACUUGGGGGAGAAAAUCGGGUUAGGAAAUGUAUGUCUCGUUUGUAAUUAUCAAGGGAAGAAUGUCGAGGCGGUAAGAGCCCAUAUGUUAGCCAAACAACAUUGUCGAUUACCGUACGAAUCAGAGGAUGAAAAAUUGGAAAUCUCCGAUUUUUAUGAUUUCUCCUCGACGUACGCCGCCCCUACCAAAUCCGAAAUCGCUGGUAAUGACGAAGAUUGGGAAGAUGUUUCUGGAGGUGAAGAAGGCGACGAAGAAGAUGAUGAAGAUGAUGAAGAAUUCGACCAAGAUGUGCUUUACAACGAUGGGGUCGAACUUUAUUUGCCGACCGGUAUCAAGGUCGGUCACAGAUCAUUACAACGUUACUUCAAACAAGAUUUGAAACCAGAAAAGACUUUGACUGAAGGUCAAGGUACCGUGGUUGCUGCAGAAACUAGACAUUUGGUUAGUAUUGUAGAUAAGAAAGAAAUGGCGGUGCAACAAAGAGUUUGGAAAACAGAAAUCUCUAAUAAGAAGAGAAAUGAUAAGAGAGCCGCCAAAUUCAUCAAUAACCAACCACAUUUCAGAGACCCAUUGUUGCAAUGA